GGAGACUCAGGAGUGCGAGCGCUGUCUGCUGCUAAACUGGACACACUCACACUGCUUAUGGACCAUGGAGGAGAGAACAGGACCAAACCAGGAUCCAGGAAAUACGGCUGUCAGCUCACACUGGAUCCAAACACAGCGCAGAGAGACCUGUCUCUGUCUGAGGGGAACAGGAGGGUGACACACACACCGGGGAGAGAGGAGCCAUAUCCUGAUCAUCCAGAGAGAUUUGAGUCUCUGCCCCAGGUUGUUUGCAGAGAGAGUGUGUGUGAGCGCUGUUACUGGGAGGCUGAGUUCAGUCUGUCUGAGGGGGGAGUGGUUUAUAUAGCAGUGACAUAUAAAAGAAUCAGCAGGAAAGGAGAGGGUUCUGACUGUAGGUUUGGGUACAAUAAAAACUCCUGGAGUCUGAGGUGCUUUAAACAAAGUGUCUCUGAUAAACUCUGUUACUCUGUCUGGCACAAUGAGAACCCAACACGCAUACCUGUCCCCCCCUCCCCCUACCGCAGAGCAGGAGUGUGUGAUGAUGAUGAUGAUGCUGGUAGAGGAGUGUGUGUGUACAGGGUAGGAGUGUGUGUGGACCGUCCGGCCGGCACUCUGUCCUUCUACAGCGUCUCUGACUCUGACACACUGACCCUCCUGCACAGAUUCCACACACACUUCACUCAACACACACCCCUCUGUGCUGGAUUUAGACUGUGGGAGUGCUCCUCAGUGACCCUCUGCUAACUGGAGUAGAGACACACACACACAUACACUCAUAUACACAUUCACACACACACACAUACACUCAUAUACACAUUCACACACACACGCAUGCACACACAAACAUGCACACACGCACAUGUGCGCACACACAAACAUGUACGUGCACGCACACACACACACACACACACCACAUUCACGUACCCACUCACACACACGCUCAUAUACACAUACACACACACCCACACCUACACACACACAUCCACACACACACCCUUUCUCUCUCACGCUCACACUCAUGCACACGCACUCACAAAUACACACGCUGAUGUACACUCAUGCACACGCACUCACACACCUACGGAUGCACAAUCUCGUGCACACACACUCACACUCUUACACACACAUACACACUCUCUCUCUCAUACUCAGUCACUCACACACACAUCCUCUCUCUCACACACACACUCAAAUCCACACAUUCACAUAAACGCACACACACACACACAAACUCAUGCACUCACGCACACACACAUACAUGCGUGCAGAGACACAAACACGUGUCAACACACACAUUCACAUUCCCAUACGCAUGCACACACAUGUAUAAACACACACACAUUCUCUUACCCAUGCACACACACACUGAUGUACACUCAUGCACACGCACUCACACACCCACGCACGCACACACUCGUGCACACACACUCACACGCUUACACACACAUGCACACUCUCUCACACACCCAAUCACACACAUGCACACACACCUACACACGGACACACACAAUCUCUCGCACGCACAAACACACACAUUCACAAGUGCACUCUCACGCGCGCACACACAUGCAUGCAUACGUACACACACUCAUAACCGUAUGCACACACACACACCCUCUCUCUCUCUCAUACUCAGUCACUCACACACACACACACAUCCACACAAAUGCAUGCACACACACAAACUCAUGCACUCACGCACACACAUACAUGUGUGCAGAGACACAAACACGUGUCAACACACACACUCCUCAGUGUCCCUCUGCUAACUGGAGUAGAGACACACACAUGCGCGCACACGCAAACAUGCACACGCAUACACACACACACAAGUGCGCAUACACACUCGAACACAUGCACGCACACACACACAUAUAUAUAUACACAAACACUCAUAUACACCUAGACCCUCACACACCCACACCUACACACACCCACAUAUAUACACACACACUCGCACACACAAACACUCAUACACAUACAUACACGCACACUCAAUCACACACUCACACACACAUAUAAACACAAACACUCAUAUACACCUAGACCCUCACACACCCACACCUACACACACCCACAUAUAUACACACACACUCGCACACACAAACACUCAUACACAUACAUACACGCACACUCAAUCACACACUCACACAUAUAUAUACACACACUUAUAUGCACCUAGACCCACACACAUGCACUCACACACCUACACACACUCUCGAACACUCAGUCACACACACACACACCCUCUCUCUUUCACAUACACUCCAUCACACACAUACAUACUCUCACACACACCCUUUCUCUCUCGGUCAUGCACACGCACUCACACACCCACGUACGCACACACGCAUGCAAACAUACACACGCUCAUACGUGUGAGGGGCGAUAUAGCUAAGGAGGUAAGAGCGGGUGUCUGACAGUCGGAGGGCUGCCGGUUCGAUCCCCCGCCCUGGGUGUGUCGAAGUGUCCCUGAGCAAGACACCUAACCCCUAACUGCUCUGGUGAAUGAGAGGCAUCAAUUGUAAAGCGCUUUGGAUAAAAGCGCUAUAUAAAUGCAGUCCAUUCAUACCCGUAUGCACACACACACACACACUCUCUUUCUCUCACUCACACACUCUCAGUAUACAGACACACACAUUAGCAAACCCAUGCGCACACACACACACACACACUCAUGCAUUCACGCACAUACACGAACAUGUGUCAACACACACACAUUCCCAUUCCCAUACCCAUGCACACACAUGUAUACACACACAUUCUAUUACCUAUACGCACACACACACAUACUCAUGCACACACACAUGCAUACACUUACAUGCGUGCACACACCAUAUACACAUGUAUACGCAAACAUUCUCAUACCCAUACAUACACACACACACACACAUGUAUAAACACACACACAUUCACAAAGGCACUCUCACGCACACACACAUACACAUACAUACACUCAUUCUCUUGCACGCGCACACACUCAAAUACACAGUCUCACACACAUUCACACAAACGCACACACACACACAUUCUCUUACCCAUUCACACACGCAACCCGGGCACACACACACACAUACUCACGCACUCACACACAUGUUCACAUCAACAGUCACUACCACAAACGUACGCAUGCACACACACAUUCACAAAUACACCCACACAGAAACACACUCUCACCCAAUCACACACACGCACACACGUCGACACCCUUGCAAUCUUCCUUGACCAGUGCCUUACCAGUGCAAUUUCAGCUGUGCCCAAUAUUAACCUCAGUACAGCUUAAACCCUGUACAUGAGAGUAUGAUCUUUUAGCAGGUUCAGGUUAAGCACUCGCUAUUUAAAUGUGAUUUUAUUUUUUUACAUUUUGAUAAAUUUAUAUUUCAAAUGUUCAAGGUGUGUUUAUGUACUUUUGAUUAUUAAAACAUUAAUAUAACAUUGAGAGUAAUAAUGCCAAAAGAUGGCAGAGUAAAAUGUUUUUGAAGUAAUAAUUCUGUCUCCUGUAUCUGCAUCUUUUUUAAAAGAAGCCAGUGGCAAACUCCUCCACUUAAAUGUGCAUUUUACUAGUUUUUACAGUUGCUUUCAUUCAUUUUCACAAGAGUUCCAAUGUGCAAAUUUCUGUGGGCAAAUGCAGCUGAUAGGGAGAAUGCAGAAUGAUCACUGCAGUGUACUUAUUUCAUUUCAUUACUGUAAACAAUGAUGGAUUGAGUUUCCUUAUUUAUUCUGUUAGGAUUGAUUUUUUUUUUUUUUUUUGCUUUAAUUUUCUGUAUUUUCAGACAAUAAUAUGCAAUGAUUAAACCUGAAUUAUAAAAAUAUCAAA